AUGCGCAGAGCACGGCGAGGAGGGAGUACUGCGAGCACACAUAUAUAGCCUGUGUCACUUUGGUAACUGAAUACACGUAGGUUCAAGCACGCGCUUCAGUUCGCGUUUUCAGGACUGCCCUCUUACCCUCCACACCCCCUCAGUGUGCGCGCACGGCGGGAGGCUGGAUUAUCACCGGGAUGGUGUGUGAGCGCGGAGAAGCGGAAACGCGCCGGCAGCAGCGGGGCGCGAGCCUCCGGUGAGCCUCCGGUGAGACAGAGUUCCCACCGAGUGUUCACGAGGCUUCCUCCUCCGCACGAGCUGCCGCUGAAAACAGCUGGAUGUCGUCCUGCGGACACACGGAGCUGCGCUGAGCGCCGAACAGCUCGUCUGACAGGCUAUUAACGCCUCUUCAUCAUGCUGCCCUGGGCCUGUCCCUUGCUCUUCCUGGUCCUGCUUCCUGCCCAAUCAGCUGCAACCUCUCUAACUGCUGACAACAGAACGGAGGAUCUUCAGGAGGUCACCCUGGCAGCCAUCUUGCCUCUGACUAACACUAACUAUGCAUGGGCAUGGCCUCGGGUUGCGCCCGCCAUCUACCAGGCAUUACAGCAGGUGAACUCUGACCCCUGGUUGCUACCAGGUCUGAAGCUGCGGCUAGUUUAUGGCAGCUCAGAGAGCCGCGACGGCUUUUGCUCAGACUCCAUAGCGCCGCUUGUAGCCGUCGACCUCAAGCUGUCCCACGACCCCUGGGCCUUCAUUGGACCCGGCUGCGACUACUCAUCCUCACCUGUUGCCCGCUUUACCACCCACUGGGAUGUUCCCAUGGUGACAGCUGGUGCCCGAGCAAUCGGCUUCAAUCUGUACGCUGCGGUCACCAACACGGGCCCCACUCACAAAAAGCUGGGUGAGUUUGGUGUCAGGAUCCAGGAGAUGUUUGGCUGGCAGCGGCACGCCACGGUCAUCUUCAGUGACAACAGGGACUCCAAUGAUGAUCCGCUGUGCUACUUCGCUGUGGAGGGGCUGUAUGAGCUGCUGGGCAAACGUAACAUCACUGUCCACGACCACGUCAUCCAGGGCGACGUCAACUACAAGUCGAUGGUCCAGGAUAUCCGUGACAAUGGCCGAGUUGUGUACAUGUGCUGCUCCUGGGACAUCUUCAGGACGUUGAUGGUCCAAUUCUGGAAGGAAGGGGUGGAGCUGGAGGACUAUGUCUUCUUCUUCAUUGAUCUUUUUGCUGAGGGUCUGGACGGGAGCGCUCCCAUCAGGCCCUGGUUCAGAGGAGACCAGGAGGACUAUGCGGCUCGCAACGCUUUCAGGAGUGUGAAAGUGCUGACGUAUCUGCAGCCCCAGAAUCCCGAAUAUCUUCAGUUUGUUAAAACUCUGAAAAAAGACGCAAAGGCGAUGUUCAACUUCACCAUCAGAGACUCUAUGUACAACCUGAUUGCCGGAGGGUUCUACGACGGGGUGAUACUGUACGCUCAUGCUCUGAACGAGACCCUGAAUUUGCAAGGACCGGGACUGGGACCAAUACUGGGACCAGUCCAGAGGCCCAGAGGAGAUGAGGUGACCCGGAGGAUGUGGAACAGGACAAUCAAAGGUACAGUUGCUAUGCAUCAGAUGGUUGCAAUGGUGAUCUGCUUUGUCUUUGUCAUCAUCGUUACUGUCACCAUCUUCAUCUACAGGAAGCUGAAGCUGGAGAGCGAGCUUGCAGCUCAGCUGUGGAGAGUUUCCUGGGAUGACGUCCAGAUGAGCAACCUGGAUAAAGUCCUGAGGAGAGCGUGCAGCAGGCUCACCAUGUCUCUGAAAGGAUCCAACUAUGGUUCUCUGAUGACCAUGGAGGGAAACUUUCAGAUCUACACUAAAACCGGAUACUACAAGGGAAACUUGGCAGCUAUCAAAUACAUCAACAAGAAACGCAUCGAACUGACCCGGAAGGUUCUGUUUGAACUGAAGCAUAUGCGAGAUGUCCAAAAUGAACACCUGACCCGCUUCAUUGGCGCCUGUAUCGACCCGCCGAACAUGUGCAUCAUCACAGAGUACUGUCCAAGAGGCAGCCUUCAGGACCUGAUGGAGAGUGACAGCAUCACACUGGACUGGAUGUUCAGAUACUCUCUCAUUAAUGACAUUGUCAAGGGAAUGGCAUUUCUCCACAACAGCGUCAUCAUCUCCCAUGGUGACCUUAAAUCGUCCAACUGUGUGGUGGACAGCCGCUUUGUCCUGAAAAUCACUGACUAUGGCCUGCAGAGUCUUAGGACCAGAAACUGCCCCGAGGACACACAUGCUUACUAUGCACGGAAGCUGUGGACAGCUCCAGAGCUGGUGAGGAUAGAUUGUCCUCCGAACUGUGGGACACAAAAGGGGGAUGUGUACAGUUUUGGGGUGAUCCUGCAGGAAGUGGCUCUGCUCAGAGGAGUUUUCUACCUCGACUCACACUCUCUCUCCCCUAAAGAGAUUGUGCAGGCGGUGAUUCAUGGUGGCACCCCACCCCUCCGCCCCUCCCUCUGCUUCCACAGUCACAGUGAGGAGCUCGGUGUCCUGAUGCAGCGCUGCUGGAGUGAAGAGCCGAGCGAGCGUCCCGACUUCAACACCAUCAAGAUCCUGCUCAGGAAGCAGCACAGAGGAUAUGGCUCUAACAUCCUGGACAAUCUGCUCUCCCGGAUGGAGCAGUAUGCUAAUAACCUGGAGGAGCUGGUGGAGGAACGAACGCAGGCCUAUCAUGAGGAAAAGAGGAAGGCGGAGGCCCUGCUGUACCAGAUACUCCCACAUUCUGUAGCAGAGCAGUUAAAACGAGGAGAGACAGUUCAGGCUGAAGCGUUUGACUCUGUCACCAUCUACUUCAGCGACAUCGUUGGCUUCACCACUCUGUCUGCAGAGAGCACGCCACUGCAGGUUGUGACGUUAUUAAACGACUUGUACACCUGUUUUGAUGCCAUUAUAGACAACUUUGAUGUAUACAAGGUAGAAACAAUCGGUGAUGCCUACAUGGUGGUCUCAGGACUACCUGCCAGGAACGGUAAACUUCACGGUCGAGAGGUCGCCCGCAUGUCCCUCGCCCUGCUGGAAGCUGUCAAGAGCUUCCAGAUCCGACACCGACCCAAUCAGCAGCUACGGCUCCGCAUCGGCAUCCAUAGCGGUCCGGUAUGUGCUGGCGUGGUUGGGUUGAAGAUGCCGAGGUACUGUCUGUUUGGAGACACGGUCAAUACAGCGUCACGCAUGGAGUCAACUGGGGAGGCUCUGAAGAUUCACGUGUCGGAGGCGACUCGUCAGGUUCUGCAGGAGUUCAGCUGUUUCCAGCUGCAGCUCAGAGGAGAGAUUGAAGUGAAAGGGAAAGGACGCAUGAGGACGUACUGGUUGGUGGGAGAGAACGCCACUAACUAAAAGAUCAGGAGGACAUCAAGAACCCGCCUCCUCAUCUUCCCAUCUAAUUGGACAGAACAUUGUUUAAGAUGACAGAUAAAAGACUGAGUGAACUUUCACCAAAGACUGUAGAGAAAAACAAAGAUAGGCAAAUGUUUUACUGUAAGAUAAAUUAAUCACGAGGAAGAAAAUGUGUAAAUACAACAAUAAACUGUGUUUGCUA